AAAGGGCAAAGAGGGCGAUAUUCAGUGUGUAUGUUGUAAAUAAGGCUGGGGGAUUAAUUUACCAGUAUGACAAUUAUGUACCGAGAGCAGAAGCAGAGAAAACAUUCAGCUAUCCUUUAGAUUUGGUGUUAAAGAUCCACGAUGAUAAAGUUGUUGUAUCAUUUGGUCAACGCGAUGGAAUCCGAGUGGGCCAUGCUUUACUGUCCAUCGAUGGAUUGGACGUCAACGGUAAGUUCACGGCGGAUGGGAAGGAGAUCAUCGAAUACUUGAAAGACUCAACAAACUAUCCGUUGUCCAUACGGUUCGGAAGGUCUCGCUUGAGCUCCAAAUAAAAACUGAUGCUGGCUUCAAUGUUUCAUUCGUUGUUUGCUAUUGGUUCACAGCUGUCCCCAGAAGUUGGCAGUACAGGAAUUGAGAUGCUGGAGACAGAUAUGUUCAAACUGCAUUGCUUUCAGACACUCACUGCUAUAAAGUUCAUUGUGCUGACAGACCCCCGGCAGUCUGGCAUUGAUGCACUCCUGAGGAAGAUUUACGAGAUCUAUUCAGACUUCGCCCUCAAGAACACCUUCUACUCUUUGGAGAUGCCUAUCAGGUGUGAACUCUUUGAUCAGAAUUUGAAGGGUGCAUUGGAGAUAGCAGAUAAAGCUGUGUCGAUGUUGGGCAAGCCCACGUCCUUGGGCUCGUUCCUGAUCAACAGCAGGCAGACGAAGGAGACCACACAACAGGAGAGGCCUGAGAUGGACAGGGUCGUCCUCCAGCUGAAGCUCUGGGCCAUCAAUGUUGCAAUAAUGGGGCCUAAACUCCCAGCCAGGUUCAUACUGCAGGACAGAAUCGCCCACCACGUCCCAAACUGAGAGGGCUCGAACCACUGAGGAGCAGAAGGGAAUGACAUAUCAUAAUAUCAGACUAGUGAUGUGCUGCGUGGCUUGACACGACUGGUGUUGAAUGGACAGGGAUAUACAGUUCAUUCGGAAAGUAUUCAGACCCCUCGACUUUUUCAAAAUGUUGUUACGAUACAUCCUUAAUCUAAAAUUGAUUAAAUCUUCUUAUUUUUU